AAACACAAGGUGACGUUUGUUUUUGUGUGAUAGUUUCUCUGCUGCAUGUACUUGUACUUCACAUCAAAGACAUGGAAUGCAACAUUUUUCUCUCUCAUUGAGAUGACUGAUAACUAAUUAACAUAUUACUAACGAUAAUGGAAGUGUACGAGAAGAUUCUGUGUCUGGGCAGAGGUGGAGCAACAGAAAUAUUCCUGAUGAAGUACGCUGAGUCUAAGAGAUUGCAUGCAGUGAAAAGAAUACAAGCAGACGACUCUGGCAAAACAAACACUAAAGAGGCCAUACUACAAGAAGCUGAAAUCCUCAGGAGGCUGAAGCACCCUCACACAGUGACCGGCACUGUGCAGGUGUAAAAUAUACUUUAUGUAUUUCACCGAAAAUGUCUCAUAUGUAUUUUAAUUGAAGGUUCUUUUUUAGAUGUAUUAUAUUAUUAUCAAGAGUGAACUAUUUUAUUGUAUUUAUUUUCUAAAUGGUGUUAAUGCUGUGACGUCAUCAACGGGAGCCAUGUUUUACUCGUCAGUUUGCGCAGAGCGUGCUGAGGGGAGAUAUGUGUUAUGUAUGCUCCGGUGUUUUGAAUUGCCAUGUUCACAAAUGCACAAGAAAAGACAAGCAAAGGUUAUAUCGUCUCUGAUUAGUGUUGCAUUACUGUUUAUAGGAAUAUAUAUUCAUGUGAAUGGGGAUAAUGUUCGAGUGCAACAUUGCAAGGCUAGCCCAGCUACCGUUUGCCUUGUUGCGGGAGAGGGUAUCUUUCAGGUGCAGACAUCUCAUUCAAAGAGAGACAACCGGCAUAAUUGUGUCCAGAGCCUUGUCUUCCACCUACACCUUACCAGAACACAACGCAGAAAGCACCGUCCACAGUUCCACUGCUUCCACGAGGGAACCAACCAAAACCCCAUUCAGAUUUCUGCUUACUUCACUUCAAGCACCGUCCACAGUUCCACUGCUUCCACGAGGGAACCAACCAAAACCCCAUUCAGAUUUCUGCUUACUUCACUUCAAGCACCGUCCACAGUUCCACUGCUUCCACGAGGGAACCAACCAAAACCCCUUCAGAUUUCUGCUUACUUCACUUCAAGAGAUCCUGAAAGACUUGAGCAACCUCACUCCGGAGAACUUCACUUACCCAAAGCGAUACCGAGUACCAACAUUAAAAAUGCAGGAGAAAGCAUGUGAGUGCCAGGGGAUGUUUGCCACUGAGCUGAAGCAUGUGGUCAACAAGGUGAAGGCCCGGACCGAGGAACACAAACCACUUCUGAACAGACUACAAAAGAACAUCCAGGCUCUGCCUCAGAUCUCUACCCCUGAGGAGGCCAGUAUCUGCCCCAUGAAGGAUAAGCUGCUGCUAACCCGUCCACCGAAGACUAUUGUUCUAAUAGCUUACAGACAUUUCCUCCAGAACCUGAACGAAAAGGAAUGUAAGUGAGAUACUACCGUAGAGAUAAUUCGAUUAUCUCUAUAUUUUAUAGAAUGAUCUCUUCGGGUAAUAUGGCCCAUAAAUAUGCUGCAUCUCUCUUCGGGUAAUAUGGCCCAUAAAUAUGCUGCAUCUCUCUUUGUGUAAUAUGGCCCAUAAAUAUGCUGCAUCUCUCUUCGAGUAAUAUGGCCCAUAAAUAUGCUGCAUCUCUCUUUGUGUAAUAUGGCCCAUAAAUAUGCUGCAUCUCUCUUUGGGUAAUAUGGCCCAUAAAUAUGCUGCAUCUCUCUUCGGGUAAUAUGGCCCAUAAAUAUGCUGCAUCUCUCUUUGUGUAAUAUGGCACAUAAAUAUGCUGCAUCUCUCUUCUGUGACAGAAGUAAUGAUUUAUUUAUAGACCAUUCUCAGGUUUAGGUUGUUCAUGUAUUUUUUGAUGUACUAUACUUAUUGAUUGGAUCACUCUGUUUUUAUUGAAAUAUAUUCAAAUUUGAGUUAUUUUUUAAAUGUAUUUAAACAAACAUUUAUUUGUUAAAUUAUUACUUUUGAAUUAUGUCUUAAAGAUAACAGUCAAUGUUCUUCCCAUGGAUGUUUGUAGUCAGACUAAAAACGUUUGCUUGAUAUACGGUACUAUGUACUUCCAUCAUGAAAAGCAUAAUUGUUCUCAAAUAAGAUCAUUUUAUAUUGAAAUACAGAAUGUUUCACAUGAAUGUACAAAUUUUAUACGUAUUGAUUAUGUAUUUAUUCUAUACUGGUUGAAUGUAAAUGAAUCCUACAUUUUAUACUGUAAAGAACUUACAUCAGUGAUGUGCGAACAAC